GAUUGGAGUAAAGCGGCCGCAGUAAUUUGUGUGGGACAGACCCGAACUCGGUGCCCCUCUGCCUGCUGUCUCUUCGAAAGUUUUUCUCGCCCGGAGAUACUAAUUGCAUACCCACCCCCUCCUCUUGCUGCUUCUCUUCUUCAACUCCUUUCUCCCUUCCUCAUCUCAUUGUCUUUUUCCCUAGCUUUUCUGUACUUGAAGUUUUUUUGAGUUUUCCUCAUAAUCACUCUAUUCACAAUGUCCGUCAACGACUAUGCUCUCUCCCAGGGCCACCAGAAGCUCAUGGAGGAGACCAUGAAGGAGCUCGACCCUGAGAUCUCCGACAUCAUGCAAAAAGAGAUCCAGCGUCAGCGCGAGUCUAUUCUCCUCAUUGCUUCCGAGAACAUCACCUCUCGUGCCGUUUUCGAUGCCUUGGGAACUCCCAUGUCCAACAAGUACUCUGAGGGUUACCCCGGUGCCAGAUACUACGGUGGCAACCAGUUCAUCGACCAGAUUGAGUUGACCUGCCAGGCUCGUGCCCUCAAGGUUUUCGGUUGCGACCCCCAGAAGUGGGGCGUCAACGUUCAGUGCUUGAGUGGUAGCCCUGCCAACCUUCAGGUCUACCAGGCCAUCAUGAGACCCCACGAGCGUCUCAUGGGUCUUGACCUUCCCCACGGUGGUCACUUGUCCCACGGCUACCAGACCCCUGCCAAGAAGAUCUCUGCCAUCUCGACCUACUUCGAGACCCUCCCCUACCGCGUCAACCUCGAGACUGGCAUCAUUGACUACGAUGCCCUCGAGUCCAACGCCCUGCUCUACAGACCCAAGGUCCUCGUUGCCGGUACCUCCGCCUACUGCCGCAACAUUGACUACGCCCGCAUGCGCAAGAUUGCUGACGCCUGCGGCGCUUACCUCAUGGUCGACAUGGCCCACAUCUCCGGUCUCAUUGCCGCCGGUGUCAUCCCCUCCCCCUUCGAGUACGCCGACAUUGUCACCACCACCACCCACAAGUCUCUCCGUGGUCCCCGUGGUGCCAUGAUCUUCUUCCGCAAGGGUAUCCGCAGCGUUGACGCCAAGACUGGCAAGGAGGUCCUCUACGACCUCGAGGGUCCCAUCAACUUCUCCGUCUUCCCUGGUCACCAGGGUGGUCCCCACAACCACACCAUCACUGCUCUUGCUGUUGCCUUGAAGCAGGCUGACACCCCCGAGUUCAAGGAGUACCAGCAGCAGGUCAUCAAGAACGCCAAGGCCCUCGAGGGCGAGUUCAAGAACCUUGGCUACAAGCUUGUUGCCGAUGGCACCGACUGCCACAUGGUCCUUGUCGACCUCCGCUCCAAGGCCCUGGACGGUGCUCGUGUCGAGGCUGUCCUUGAGCAGGUCAACAUUGCCUGCAACAAGAACUCGAUCCCUGGCGACAAGUCUGCCCUUACCCCCUGCGGUAUCCGUGUCGGUGCCCCCGCCAUGACUUCGCGUGGCUUUGGCGAGGAGCACUUCAAGAAGGUCGCUCAGUACAUUGACCAGUGCAUUGCCAUUUGCAAGGAUGUCCAGAGCAAGCUUCCCAAGGAGGCCAACAAGCUCAAGGACUUCAAGGCCAAGGUCGCCAGCGAGCAGGUUCCCGAGAUCCUUGCUCUCCGCAAGGAGAUCUCCCAAUGGGCCUCCACCUUCCCUCUGCCCAUUGGCCCCGCCUGCUAAAUGCACUAUAUGAGCGACGGAUCUUGAUGAUGUUUCCUUUGAAUCCACGAACUUAUUUUCUUUGAACUUUUUUUUUUUUUCAAAUGGUUUUGUUU